AUGGACCGCUACGUCAAGGGACGCACGCUCGGUGAGGGCACGUUCGGCGUCGUCCACGAGGCGCGCGUCGAGGCGACGGGCGAGCGCGUGGCGAUCAAAAAGAUUCGACUCGGGAAACUCAAGGAGGGCGUCAACUUCACGGCGAUACGCGAGAUCAAACUGCUGCAGGAGAUCGAGCACGAGCACGUCAUCGCGCUCGUCGACGUGUUCGCGCACAAGAAGAACCUGAACCUGGUGUUCGAGUUCUGCGGCGGGGACCUGGAGAUGGUGAUCAGGGACAAGACGGCGCCGCUGGAGCGAGGGGAGGUGAAGUCGUACGCGAUGAUGACGCUGCGAGCGGUGGCGCACUGUCACGAGAGAUGGGUGCUGCACAGAGAUUUGAAACCGAACAACCUGUUGAUCGCGCCGAACGGGUGCUUGAAGUUGGCGGAUUUUGGGUUGGCGCGGAUAUUCGGGUCGCCGGAUAGACGGUUCACGCAUCAGGUGUUCGCGAGGUGGUAUCGCGCGCCGGAGUUGUUGUUGGGGUCGAAGACGUACGGACCGGGCGUGGAUAUUUGGGCCGUGGGGUGUAUCAUCGCGGAAUUGAUGCUCCGGCGGCCGUUCUUCGCGGGAUCGUCGGAUAUCGAUCAGUUGGGGAAGGUGUACGCGGCGCUAGGGACGCCGACGGAGACGAAUUGGCCGGGGGUGUCGGCGCUACCGGAUUUCAUCGAGUUUGUGUACGUGCCGCCGCCGAAUCUUCGCGAUACGUUCCCGAACGAAACGGACGAGGCGCUGGAUCUGUUGCGGAAGAUGCUCGAGUACGAUCCGAAUAAGCGUAUCACCGCCGCGCAGGCUUUAGAGCAUCCGUACUUUCACACCAAGCCCGCGCCGAUUCCGUACGAACAGCUUCCGAAGCGGUUCGUCGCGAAAGAAGCCGAGGCGAACGCGGCGGCGGCGGCGGCGGCGGCGGCGGCGGCGGGGGAUGAAGAGCCAGCUUCACCCGCGUCCGCACGUCAGCCGAAGACUGGCGAGAAACGUAGACUAGAGGACACCACCGACUCGACGGAUCCAAACUUUCGCCCGAAGCUCGACGAAGAGGACAGGGAAUCUUUGCGAAAACGAAAAGGCGCGCUCGACGCCGCGUUCGCUGACGUCGACGGAGACGACUGA